AUGGUGCUUCUGGGCCGGUUUACUGGUGGGAGGAUGAAUGAGAGCACUGUUUUCCUGUGUGCGUGCCAUCAGCAGCUAUCUUCCACUUCCUUCUCCUCGCUCAGCAGUACGUUCCUUCAUCCUUUGCCUUCUUCCCCACUCGCCAGCACUCCCUUCCCCUUCCCACACCAACAGCACCUUCCCUGGACUACUCUUAAGGAGCCAACUCCUUUCUGUGGCACACAGCCGGGCAGCAUGGCAGAGCCACGGACAGCAGCAGCAGCGGCACUAAUAGCGGUGAAGCCAGUCAGUGGUGUGUGGGGUCAGGGGGACGGGAGGGAGGCAAGGGCGAGAGGUGCCGCAGCUGGAAUCAAUGCCAUGGACCUCUCAGCUGACUGUGGGGGGCGAAUGGUGGUGCCCAACACGAAGGUGAGAGGAGGUGCAUAG